AUGAUUUUAUUAGACUUAUUGAGUCUUUCAGUUAACAUUUUAUGUCUUAUACAAAAAUUACCACAAAUAGUUCGUAUUUAUAAAACAAAAAAUGUUGCUAGUAUUUCAAUAUCAUCUGUAUUACUUGAAGAAACAGCUUAUACAUUAGUUUUAACUUAUAAUCUUUGGAGAAAUUAUCCAUUAUCAGCAUUUUUUGAAUAUAUAUUUCUUUUUAUACAAGAUAUAUUUCUUCUCUGGGCAUUGGCAACAUAUUCAACAAAAGACAAAGAUAAACAGAAUGAUGGAUCAAAACCUUUAUAUGGAAUAUUAAUUUUUUGUCUUUAUCUAGUAGCAAGUUUGUUGAAUCUUCUACCAAAAAAAUGGAUGAGUAUUUGUACUAUGUUUGUUAUUCCUAUUGGUGCUUCAUCAAAAAUAAUUCAAUUACGAACAAUUCUUUCAAAUAAAAGUGCUGGUCAAGUUAGUCGAACUGGUUGGAUUAUUGCAUCUUAUAGUAAUUGUGGUAUGAUGUAUUAA